AUGAAAUACAGAAGAAGUUUAAAAGCAGUCCAACAGCAAAAUAUUUUCGCAGCAGUAAUACGACAAUUUCUAGGUUAUCACAAGAGUAAUAAUGCUACCAUCUAUCCACCAUCAAAUGUUCGAGUUCAAGCAACCUCAAAUACAUCAGCUGUAGUACAGUGGGAUUUGGAUAAUGGUAGGAAUGUAGACGGCUUUGUGAUACGGUAUAUACAUGAACCGGUAUCCGGACAACGAGAUAACGAACGCUGGAAAACAAUUACGAUUAUGAAUCCAUCUGCUAGACAUUUGCAUAUCUCACAGCUUACAGCACAUAAACCAUAUGCUUUUUGUGUUUUGGCUAUUCGGCAAAAUAGACAAGGAACCUGUUCGGAUCCACCAACAACGAUCGAUCGUUUGCAAGCAACACAUAUGGUAUCAAAUUUAUUAAUAGCCUGGAAAACGAGUAAUUCGGUGAUGCUUCGUUGGGAAUAUACCGGUCCACAACCUGUUGGUUUUUAUGUCAAUCAAACAGGUCGAAAAGAUUAUUUGGAUCAAAAUUUGCAAUUAAAAGGAAUGAUUUCACCGGGAUUUCGUCAAGAUCUUGAUGGUCAUCAACGAGAAUAUUUAUGGACAACAUUACGACCCUAUAUGGAAUAUACAUUUCAUGUUGGCGUACGUGAAUUGCCACCCGGUGGUAGGGAAUAUUGGCCACGAGAAGUAAUUGUUCGAACAGAUCCCACGGGACCACCAUUUGUUGAUGUACCCGAAUUUAUUACUUCAAAUUCAGCAAACACCGCUCUUAUUCGAUUGAAAUGUGCUAGUGAAGAAUAUGGACCAAUCAGUCAUUAUUGGCUUAUUGUUUUACCGGGAAAUUUUACUCAAGAUGAUGUAUUAAAUUUGGAUUCAACAUCACUCCAAAGAAGUACGACAAUGAUGCGACCAAAUCAAAACAAAAAUUAUUACGGGAAAACUUCUAAGAAAGUUCGCAAAGUAAACAGAGAACAAGACUACAAAGGGCGCUAUUUGCAUGAACCUUUUACUCUUCGAGGUGCAUAUAUAGCAGCAGGUAUACCGGUACAUGAAAUGCAACAAAUACAACGAAGUGAUCAAUUAUUUGCACUUGGUGAUGGACGGAUGUAUGAUGGUUAUGACAAUUGGCCCUUAAAUAGUAACACUAAGUAUCGUUUAAUGAUGCGAGCAUUUGCCCGUGAUGAUAUAUCCAGAAAUUCGGAUUAUCCGUUUGAAUUUCGUGCUCCAAUUCAAGAACCAUUAGCGAAACGUUAUUCGGAUUCAAUGCUUAGUGAACCAUUUUCCACCAAAGCUGCUGCACAUAUUCGUGAUGCUAAAACAUCUAAUUUAUGGCUAAUUGCGCCAAUUAUUGCAAUUUUAAUUAUUGCAAUUAUCCUUGGAAUGCUUAUCAUUUGGUGGCUUCGUUGUAAUCGUCGAAAUAAUCGACAUAAAACUUCUCACCAUGGUUCCAUUUCAAAGAUUGCCUUAACUAGUAAUACAAUUCCAAGCGAAACAUCAAAAUUGCUUGUUUCCGGUGAUGUUUAUGGUCGUCAUAUAGUUAAUCCUUAUGAUCAGAUGAAUGGAAAUGGUGGUUGUACGAUGGAUACUGCAAUGGAUAUGUAUCCAUUACAUCAAAGUCAUAUGAGUAGCGGAACAUACAAUCCUUUACCUGUACCAAUGUCAAUACUACCUUCAAGUGGUGGCGCUGUUGGUGGUCAUUCUCUUACUCAUCUACCAAUUCCUAUCUCUGAACUUGCUGCGCAUAUUGAUAAGUUGAAAAUGAAUAAUAAUGCCUUAUUCUCACAGGAAUAUGAAAGUAUUGAAACUGGUCAACAUUUUACUUGGGAAAAUUCGAGUCUACCAAUAAAUAAAAUGAAAAAUCGAUAUGCAAAUGUGGUUGCAUAUGAUCAUUCACGUGUUAUCCUUAGUAUCAUUGAUGAUAUUGAGGGUAGUGAUUACAUUAAUGCGAAUUAUAUUGAUGGUUAUGAAAAGCCAAAAGCAUACAUUGCAACACAAGGACCAUUACCGGAAACAUUUGCGGAUUUUUGGCGAAUGGUUUGGGAAGAAAAUACGGUAACAAUAGUAAUGUUGACAAAAUUAGAGGAACGAUCACGAUUAAAAUGUAACCAAUAUUGGCCUGCUAGAGGAUCAUCUUAUUAUGGUCAUAUUCAGGUGACAUUAUUGGAUACGCUAGAGCUGGCACACUAUACAAUUCGGACAUUUCGCUUACAAUAUCGAAGUGGUGGUAAAGUACGGGAAAUACGACAUUUACAGUAUACUGCAUGGCCGGAUCAUGGUGUUCCUGAUCAUCCCACACCUUUCUUGAUGUUUUUGAAGAGAGUGAAAACAUUAAAUCGUCCGGAUGCUGGUCCAAUCAUAUCACAUUGCAGUGCUGGAAUUGGCCGAACAGGUGCCUUUAUCGUAAUUGAUUGUAUGUUGGAGCGAUUACGAUAUGAAAAUACUGUGGAUAUUUAUGGUUGUGUUACAGCAUUACGAUCACAACGAUCUUAUAUGGUUCAGACCGAUGACCAAUACAUUUUUAUCCAUGAUGCAGUACUGGAUGCGGUACAAUCCGGUUCAACAGAAGUGCCUGCUAGCAAAUUAUACACCCAUGUACAAGCUUUAUUACAAAUUCAACCGAUUGAUCAGGUUUCAGCUAUGGAACUUGAAUUUAGGCAUUUGGCAACAAUGAAAAUGUCAAAUUCCCGAUGUAGUAUUGCAAAUUUAUCAAUUAAUCGACCAAAAAAUCGUUUAAUUAAUAUGGUACCGUAUGAUUCAUCACGUGUUAUUCUACGUUCAAUUCCGGGUGAAGAAGGCUCUGAUUAUAUCAAUGCUUCUUGGAUUGAUGGUUAUAGGCAGCGUAGCGCUUAUAUUGCAACACAAGGUCCAAUGCCUUAUACAGUAAAUGAUUUUUGGCGAAUGAUUUGGGAGCAUGAAUCAUCAAUUAUUGUAAUGCUUGUUCGUACAAUGGAAACAUGUCGAGAAAAAUGUUAUGAGUAUUGGCCAGCUGAAUUGGGUGCACAAUUUGGAUAUUUGGUAGUGGAACCGAUUGCUGAAUAUAAUAUGUCACAGUAUGUAUUGCGUGAAUUUCGUAUCACCGAUACAGAGUCUGGCCAAACAAAAACAUUGAGACAUUUCCAAUACGUUGAAUGGCCUGACCAUUGUCCACCAAAAUCUGCUGAGCUAUUCAUCGAUUUCAUUCAUCAAGUACAUCGGACAAAAACACAAUUUGGUGUGGAUGGUCCAAUUACGGUGCAUUGCUCAACAGGUGCGGGACGUACCGGAGUUUUCAUUGCACUUAGUAUAAUUAUUGAUCGAAUGAAGUUAGAACAUGUAGUUGACGUGUUUACAACGGUGAAAUUACUCCGAACCGAACGUCAAAAUAUGGUUCAGGAUAAAGAUCAAUAUCAUUUUUGUUAUCAGGCUGCUCUUGAAUUCCUAGCCACUUAUGAUAAUCCAUAUCAAAUGUCUUAA